UUUAAGAAGCUUAGUAAGAUUAUUAAAAAAAGAUUACUAAAUAUAUCAAAGACAUAGUAUCCAAACAUCAUAUAAUUUCAAAGAGAGUUGAAGUAGAAAGAAGAUUUUUCUCUGGUUAAAGAUUUACAAGUUCUGUUUAUUAAUCAGUGGAAACAAUAAAAAAACUUGUCAUUGACAUUGACCAGUAUUGACGAAGCGAAGCGCAAUACGAAACAUUAUUACCAAUUUGUAAACUUCUUUUUAUCAUGGAGCGUGACAAUUCGAUAUUGAUGCAAAAGCAGGUGCGAGAUAAUUCGGAAGAUUUACAGAGUGAAUUUCUAGACUUGAAAAAUUGGGAAAAGCAAAUGAAACAAAAGGAACAAGAAAUGCUGAAUGAACGCAAUGGACAGCAAUUUAUACCACCUGUCAGAAGCAAGAAUAAAAAGAAGAAAUGUACAGUAAAAGAAAACAAAAUGUCUAAGAAUUCUAAACGAAUAAAAUCGUAUGACUAUACAUCAUGGGAUAAGUUUGCUGAUAAAGCAUGCAAGAAAUUAGAAGAUGAAGAACAAUCCGACGAGUCAUCUUCAGAUGAAUCCUUGUCCAAAGAAGAAUUGGAGAAGAACUACAACAAAGCGAUAGAAUACAAGCAGCAAGGCAAUAACUUUGUGAAGCAAAAAAAAUGGGACAAAGCGAUUGCUUCGUACAGCGAGGCAAUAAAACUUUUUCCUUAUGAUGCUAUCUUUUACGCUAAUCGUGCACUUUGUUAUUUAAAACAAGACAAUUUGUAUUCAGCAGAAGCAGACUGCUCAUCUGCAAUACAAUUGGACGAAACUUAUGUAAAAGCUUAUCACAGACGAGUAACAGCCAGACUAGGAUUAAAACAAUUCGAUGCAGCAUUAGAAGACGUAAAGAAGAUUACAGAGUUAGAACCUUGCAAUAAAGAAACCGAAGUCUUGCUUAACCAAAUUAAAAAGCAGUUUGGAGAUUCAUUUAUGUCCAAAAAAAACAUAUGUACGACUGAUGUAUCUGAUAAUAAAAAGAUAAAUGAAAAAGUAAUUGACACUAAGGAAGAUCAAAAUAAAAAGAAUAGUAUAAAUGUAGAUAAUGAAACUACAAAGCCAAUAACUGUAAGCCCAACAAAUAUAACAGAACCAAGGAAAGAUCGAUGCAUUCCAGAUUGGUUACCCGAAAAGGAUAAUGUUGAAAUUGUAGAACCUAUUGAAAAACCUCCACAUCUACGUUCAAAGGAGCCAUUGAAAAGGAUACCUGUGCAGGAAGCUGAUUUAAGUAAACCUUUUAAAGAGAAGAUCAAAAUAACAUGUAAUAACAAUCAAAUAGAACUGAAAAGCAAUGCAACAUGUAAAUCAGAAGAAAACUUUAUUAAAAAUUGCGAAGAAAUGCCUCCUAUCCCUACCAAUUCAGUACAGUUCUUAAUAAAUUGGAAAAAAUAUACCUCGUUUGAUUUUCGAUACAGAUAUUUAAAGCAAAUACCAUCAGGUAGCCUGCCCAAAAUAUUUCAAGAUUCAAUGGAAACUGAUAUCUUCAGUGGUAUUUUAACAACACUCAAGACAGAAUUUAUGAAACGGAAGGAACCUAUAUUUUCAUAUUUAAAAGAUCUCAGUAAUAUUAAGAGAUUUAGGGCAUUUAUUAUGUUCAUCAAUAACUCUGAAAAACAAGAUCUGAAGCUUAUGUUCUCGUAUUGCAAUACAUCUGAAAAGAUAUCUGAGGAAGAAAUUACAGAUUUACAAGAUAAAUAUGAAAUUUAA